AUGAAUUCUAAUAUACAGUUUGAAAUAACUGCACCAGGAAAAAUAAUUCUUUUUGGUGAACACAGUGUGGUUUAUGGAAAACCAGCGAUUGCUUGUGCUAUUGAUCAACAUACAACAUUAACAUUUACUGAAAGUUAUUGCAACAAUCAAGAUUUAAAUACUAUACCAUGUCGUAUUAUAUUACCACUAAUAAAUUAUUCAGGAAUGUUGACUAUUCAUUUAGAUGCAAAACCAUCAUUUUCACCUACUACAUAUUUCCAAGAAACCUUAAAUAAGUUAAAUAAAGAUGAACAAUUUUUUAAUGAAUUAGAUACAUUAUCUGGUAAUGAAAAAAAAACUCUUACUGUUUUACAUUUUAUUUUUGGCGGAAUUCUAACAUGUUAUAUGAGGCAAUUGAAAAAUGUUUCAUUCACCAUCGAAGUAAAGUCAGCAUUGAAGUUGGGUGCUGGAACUGGUAGUUCUGCAUCUUACUGUGUUUCUCUAGUUGCAGCAUGUUUGUCUUAUGUAAAGUUUAAAAUAAAUUCUAAUGUAGAAAUACAAUUUGAUCCAUUGUUAGAUGAUUUUCAUUCUCAGAGUGGUGACAAUUUGUUAAUAAUUGAACCUUUUACACAAGACAACUUUGUAUUCAGUGAUGGGGUAAGAUUAUAGAUAUUGUUAUUUAAUAUUAUACACCAUUUUUGAUAAUAUUUUAAUGCAUAGUUUUUAUUUUGAUCUAUGUUAAAUAUUUGUUUGCGUAUUUUACGUAUGCUUUGUUUAUUAAAUUCUAUUUUCAUUGUCUUUACUUUUCAGGAAAAAAGUUUGAUUAAUCGAUGGGCUUUAUUAGCAGAAAAUUUCAUUCAUACAAAAGCAUCAGGGUUGGAUAAUACUAUUUGUACAUAUGGUACAAUGGUUCAGUACACCAAACUUAACAGUCAUAAAUUAUUGGAAGCUCCUGAAUUAAAAAUUCUUUUGAUAUACUCAGGUUUGUUUUUAUUUUUUUUUUUAUCUAAUAAUACAAAUUAAUAAAAUUUUAAAUUGUAUAUUAAAUUUUUUAUUUGUGUUUUCUAAUUACUAACAUGACCCAUUGAAUUAAUUUUUGUAAAAAUAGUUUUAAAAAUUUAAUAAUACAUUUUUUAUGUUUAGUUCAGGCAAAAUAAUACAUUUAUAUAUUUUGGAAGCCUAGGUAUCCAAAAGCUUUUGUGUUAAUAAAUAAGUUAUAUUUAUUGCAUUAUACUUUUAUGAUGAAUUUCAAAAAUCAAAAAUUAAUUGUUUAUUUGAAUAUUUUACUUUGUUCAGGCAUUGAAAGAUCUACGGGUAAUGUAGUCAAAAGUGUUCGAACUAAAUACAAUGAUGACACUUAUCGAUCAAUACUCGAUGCCAUUUUUAAUUCUAUAGGGCAAAUUGUAAAUACAGCUGUCAACUCAAUUGAUCAAAUGUCUCAAAACCCACAAAAAGAACUUCAACUAAUUAAUGUUUUGCAAGUCUGUACAUAUUUACUAUGUCCUAAUGAUUUUUAUUACAAAAUAAUAUUUUGUUUUGUUUUAAUUAGACAUUAAUGGAUAUGAAUCAAGGAUUACUGAUGUCAUUGGGUGUGUCUCAUGAAACAUUAGAUGCCAUUGUUGCCAUAUUAAAAAAGUUUGACCUUCAUGCAAAGUUAACUGGUGCUGGAAUGGGCGGAUAUGCUAUAUGUUUAGUUCCUCCUAAUGUUCAUAAAUCUAAAAUACAAACAUGUAUGCAAGAAUUAAAAGUAUAUGGUUUUGAAUCUAAUAUUUGUACAAUUGGUUGUCCGGGUGUUAGAAUACAUACAAAAUAA